AUGUCAGCAUUGAAAACCGACAAUCAAGCAGGAACAGAAACAGACAUCGCCAGAGGGGUCGAUCUGCUCGUCUUGGGGCAUCUACGUCGGUGGUGGAAAGUGGCGUCUAUACGACCCGCACCAGCCACAGCUUACAAACCGCGCCGCCACUCGUUCCCCAAGGCCAUCGUCAAUGUAAAGUACACAAAGUGGGCUGUCGACACUCCCGCUAUCCCGCCAGAUACCACCUGCAUUCCUACGUUCCUUUCUCCUCUAAUCUUAAAUGUUUUUGGCGUAAUAAACCUCUCUAAUUCCGUAAACUUUCGGUUCCGUCUCUCAACUCUGCUGGCUUCAUGA